GAAACAACGGCUAACUUCCUCCAAUUGAUUGCUGCUAGCUACACGAUGUAAAUAUGACCACAGAUAAACUGCUUUUUGUAUUUUGAAGAUUUGCUUGGAUUCAGAAUAACAGCUAAAGUGAAGCAGUUGGACAUUGUUGGAGUUGGAAGUUUAAUCAAUAAGGACACCGUUAAACGCUUUUCUAUCGGAUUGCAAUGGGGAAGAGGUAUUACUGUGACUACUGUGAUAGGUCCUUUCAGGACAACAUGCACAACAGGAAGAAACAUUUGAAUGGUGUUCAGCAUCACAGAGCGAAAAAGGCCUGGUUUGACCAAUUCAGGGAUUCUGCUGCUAUUCUGCAUGAUGAGCAAAUAAAAAAACCCUGCAGGAAGUUUCUCCAAAAAGGAAUUUGUGAUUUUGGUCCAAACUGCAGAUUUUCUCACAUGUCUGAAGAGCAUCUUUACAAUUUGAAGAGACGUAUGGAGCAGGAAAGACAACACAAAGAGGACUCUGAGGACAGAAAGAUCGCAGGACGAAGUAUAGAGGAGUGGCUCUCGAAAAGGGAAAAGAAGCAAGUUGCUCUUGGUAGUAAAGGAGAUUUAAAAACCAAGGAGGACAAUGAGGAGGACGAAGCAGAACGGGAUAUUCCUCAACAGCUCUUCACUAUUCCUGACCUCCCACCCUCACUCGUACCGCCUCCUCCAGGCGGAUGGAGAGUCAGUCCAAGCACCGAUUGGGGCUGAGAGAUAUUUUUUCUUUAGUAUUAAAAUAAUUUUAAAAGGACAAACAACAUUAACAAAGGAACAUUUGUAUUUUAAGAGAAUGUUUCACAUUUUUGUUGGAGGACGUCUUUAUUUUUCAGCUCCGAUAAAGACCUGUUGCUAUUUAAGAGGAGAAAUAAACAAAUUCUUUUUGUAUUGCAAUUAAAUUUUGCUGUAUUUUUUACCGUGGGUCUAGAUUUUUCUUUAGAGAUCUUCUGAAUAAACAUAGAAUACAAGUGUUUAAUAUAUAAGUGGAGUCCCAUUUAUGAGGACAGUUUGUAGGCUGAGCCACAGAUUUGAGUGUGCUUUAAAAAAAAAGAACAAAAUAUUAAUAAAUGAUGUUAUUUACUGUUUUUAUUUUUCCAUUACUCAAUAAUGAAUGUGGAUCAUAGGUUAGUUUGAGACACAGUAAUUGUUUCUUCACCCUCUUCCAUGACUAAAUGCUAAAUGUGGUCAUUAUAUAACUGAAAACAUUUUCCAGCCUGCAUGCAGCUAGAAUAUAUUUACGUUUCUUGACCUCAGAAGUAAAAGUUUCAAGCAGCAAAAAUUGUAGACAUCUGAGGAAUCCGGUAAUUAAACUGCUGGCUUUCACAUUGCGCUUGAACUUUAUCCUAGAAAAUAUAAGUAAUGAGCUAUUAAGAAGACUAACAUGAGAAAUUCUGAGAUCUUAAAAAAAAAAAUUAUUUUUCAUGUAACCUAGUGUAGUUUUUCUCCAGACAUUUUUCUGUUAAAAAAGUUUUUAUCAAAAGUAGCUCUGGCUUUUUUCCACAGUUCAGAAACUUUUAUGUUAGGUUAACAUAUGACUGCAGAAGAGGGAGAACAUUUAUGGUUUAGUAUUGCACAUGGUGGACAAAAUGCAAAACAUCUCUCAUGUACUUUAACAGUUGCCAAAAAGACAGGCAUUCCAACCUUCUGGUGUAAACUUUGUGGACUUUUCUGUACGAUCUUCAGCUUAUAACCUGAACCACAGACUCGGGGCUUUGUGAUGCUCAUCCCAGCUUGAACUUUUCCAAACAUGCUCUGAUAAAUAUUUUAAUAAUAAUAAUUGAACUUUACUGAUCUCACAUUGGAGAAAUGUACCUCUGAUAUUUAAUUCAUCCCCUUGGGGAGCAGUGGCCUGCCAUUGUG